CCUUGAACGACAAGGCGCGUGAUAGCACCAUAACAACAACGACAAGCGAUCGCCACUAGCUCCGUGCAUUUGGACAGCCACGAGACGUGUUGCAGCACAUUGGGCCUGUCCUGUAUCUUGCCUCGCAGGAGACAACGGGGCAAGGCCGCCAUGGUAGCGUGAAGAGAAGACGCCGACUCGGCCAUCGCGACGAUGAUGAUGAGCACAGCUGGAUCGGCACAGGUGCGGCCAAGAUGGAACAGCCGGCAACGCCGUGCCAUUCAGGCAGUGUUCCCGGCCGAAAUCAUCUCUCAGCCUACCCCCCACUCGACGCCUGCUGUCGCGGCUCUCGCUCAGGGUCAAUCCUUUGGGAUGCUGCCACCACAGAGCUCGGCAUGGAACAGCCAGGAGACCGGGCCAGCUGCUGAGGUCCAGACCCCUUCUCGCAGUCGCCUCCCACAGCAACAGCAGCAAGGCCUACCACCCACAUCACCGGAGAAUCCUCACGCCCACCAUCAGACACGGUACGACAGGUCUUGGCAUCGUGUCACCUCAUGCAUUGCCCUUCCACCCUCAGUCACAGCCGAGGACUCGUUCGGCACAAUCCCAGCGGCUUCUCAGGACAUUGAUGGUGAUGGCGGUUUCGAGGACGCCCUCCAGGACGUUCUACAGCCAGCCACGCGACUGCCGCUUGCCAACUCUACAGAGAACAUCAUUGACUGGCACACCCAGCAGGUUCGCCACCAUUAUGUGAACCAUGUCUUGCCUCUCUUGGAAGUCUGCAAUGGCUACACAGAUCAGACACAGGUCCUGCUCGGCAGCAUCAGAACCCUGGAAGCUGCGCAGCGGCAAUAUCUCUAUGGUUUGACGUUGGUAGCAAGGGGUCUGCACCCGGAUGCUGCCGACCGGGCGCUUCGCAAGUUCAAUGGCGAUCUGCAUGCCAUUGUUGGCAAUUCCAUGUCCAGCUCUCUCCUCGCUGCCUUGAAGACGGUACUUAGCCAGUUGAUGAGGGUGGUUCUUGGUUUGAAAACAAGAUCACAAGGUUUACAAGGUUCAAAAGGUCCAGACCCGGCUCGCUCUCGGGUACAGAUACAUCAGCUCAUUGACUCGCUGUGCCAAGUGGGCUUGGCAGGCGAACGCUUUCAGACCGUGUUCGCGGAGCUGCUCAAUGAUAUGAUGGUUAUCUAUGUGCACGAGUCGUUUGCCGGCAAGUGGUGUGCCGAGGUCGACGUUGACAUGGUGCCGAGACCAUCAUUUCAGAGCCUACUUCCGCCGGCAAGCAUAAGCAAACUUGCAGACUGGAUUGAGAAUGAGUAUUCGAGACUUGCCGUGGAAGUCACAAGUAAAUUGGACUCCAUUCACGUGUCAUGGACAGAAGUAGAGAAGUGGAAAGACAUUGCCGUCGGGCGACUCGCUGCGCUACGCAUCCAAGAGCUGUUCGACAUGAUUCUCAACUGGCCGGAGAGCAGCGGCGGUAUUGAGGACCUCCGGUUCUCCGUGACGACACCCGGGAGGCGAUUGCAGCUCACUCAGGCCUUCUCGGGCGCUCUCGAACAACGCUUGCUGCACCCAGGUCGAUCAACUCUAGAAAUUUUGCGGACAUACAUCGCCAUGAUCAGAGCGUUUCACAAGCUCGACCACUCACGAGUUCUUUUGGAUCGGGUUGCCUACCCUUUGCAACUGUACUUAUGCACGCGAGAAGAUACUGUCCGCAUCAUUGUGACUGGGCUUCUCUCGAACCCAAGGGAACUUGACGAGGAGACACGGCAAAACAAGCUUGUGGAGCUUGUUGAGCUUCUGCACGACCCCAGUCAGUAUCAGUCAGAACGUCAAGACGAGGAGUGGGAUGACUUGAACUGGGUCCCGCCCCCUGUGGACGCUGGCCUCAAUUACAAACGGCGCAGAUCCGAAGAUGUGAUCGGGACACUUAUCGGAGCAGUCGGAUCACCCGAAGUCUUCAUCAAGGAGUUCCAGACCAUUAUCGGCCAACGGCUGCUAUCGGACCAAACCGGAUUUGAGCAAGAGGUUGAAGUGCUCGAGCUGUUGAAGAAACGGUUUGGCGAGCCUUCCUUGCAGGCCUGCGAUGUCAUGAUCAAAGACAUACAAGAUUCCAGACGACUGAACGCCGUUAUUCAAAAGGCUGCCCAGAGCCAGUCCGCGCGGGUCGCACACGACUGGUCCAUACGCGCGAGAAUUCUCUCGCGGCUGUUCUGGCCGGACAUGGGCGAGGAACGAUUUGCACUACCGUCGCGGGUGUUGAACAUGCAGAAGACAUACGAGGAUAUCUUCUCACACCUUAAGCCUUCUCGGAAAGUGAAGUGGCUGAAUCACCUAGGGCAGGCCACGGUUGAGCUCGAGCUUGAGGAUCGCACAAUCCGUAAAGUUGUCCAUACAUACGAGGCUGUGGUGAUCCAUGCCUUCAGCGACGAGGGCCAGGCUAGUUGGUCAUUUGAUGAUCUGUGGAUGAGGCUGGAAAUGGACGAAGACUUGCUCACUGCGGCGCUCGAGUUCUGGCAGCGUCAGCAGGUCCUCGCCAAGGUUGGCGAUCAGUACACAGUAAUUGAGCAGCUACCCGACGCCCAGGAGCAGCAGCAACAACAAGAGGGCAGCGAGUUGUCAACGGCGCAUGCUGCUGCGGCGUCUGCGUCACCCCGCAAGCCUGCCAAGACGGCCGGCAUGAGCGAGAAGGAAAAGCAGCAGCGGCAGGUGUACUGGCAGUUCAUCGUGGGUAUGUUGACCAACUCAAGCGCUGUAAUGCCGCUGGGCCAGAUCGCCAUGAUGAUGAAGAUGCUCAUCGCGGACGGCUUUCCUUGGAGCAACGAGGAGCUGCAAGAGUUUUUGGCGGAGAAGGUUGCGGACGGCGAACUCGAGCUCGUGGGCGGCAAGUACAAGCUGGUGAAGAAGUGAUGGGCCAGCUAUGCCAUAAUCUUGCUAGAGACAAGUGUAAGAGAGACAUAUUGGGCGACGAUGACAUCGCUCAGUUCACUCGGGAACUAUUCAAUAAUGCUAGCAUCUUAACCUCGACACUUCUAUCAGCCAGUACUGUCAAUUCCUGCGUGC